AUGAUGCUGAAAUGGAUAUUGCUCGUGCUGUGCUGUAUAGCGCCCGGUCUAGCCAGUGCAUUUUUCAUGUUGUCGCGACUGCAAAGUGUUGCCGUGCAAGGGGUGCUGUUGUGCGAAGGCCGACCGCUACCAGAUCACCAAGUGACGCUCAUCGACAAAGACGGGCUUGAUCCGGACGAUGUGAUGGGUGUGAAUGUAACCGAUCAGCGGGGAUAUUUUUACGUGAGCGGUAACGAAAGCGAAUGGAGCGCCAUUGAUCCAGUGCUAAUCGUUCGACACAAAUGCAACGAUGGCGGCAUCCCUUGCGAUCGGAUAUGGCAUUUGGGCAUCCCGGUAAAAUAUAUCAGUAACGAAGGCGAAGCGCAGCAAGUUAUGGAUGUAGGUGUACUCAAUGCCGAAGUGGUCUUUUACGGCGAGAAACGGGACUGCUUACCGUAA